UGUGUGUUUCUUUUCCACAGUACAAAGCCGCUAUCAUGUGAAUUUCAAGCUCAUAAAGGUGAUAGAGUAAAAAUACGCUAUCGGGGGAAGCUCACUGAUGGAACGGUCUUUGAUACCAAUUUUGAUAGGGGUGAUCCCAUGGAAUUUGAGCUUGGUAGCGGACAAGUAAUAGAAGGAUGGGACCAGGGACUGCUGGGGGUGUGCGUUGGUGAGAGGCGCAAGUUGAAAAUACCAGCAAAGCUUGGAUUUGGUGAAAACCCCCGACCCAGCAUCCCAGGUGGAGCAACGCUAAUAUUUGAAACACAGCUUGUUUCAGUGAAUGAGAAACCAUCGAGUGGUGGGGAUACAACUGACGAUGCGUCAUUAGCAGAUUGGCGAUAGCUUCUUCUUAUUUUAGUAUUUUGGGGCUAGGAUUUACUAAAUAUUUUCAUAAGUUGGAGAAAACACUUAGUUGGAGAUGAGUUGAAUUUAAAUGACCGAUUAGGAUAAUAACAGAAGAUGGUGGCCAUUUUGACAAGCCUCAAUUUCAAUC